AUGUCGGAGCACGCGAAAAUGCAGAGGGAGACUUCGAGUCCGUCGGUGAAGGACUCUUCGAGGGGCUCUCUGCCAAUGCCUCUUACACGGUGUUCGUGGAAGUCGAGGGUGGAGGUCACAAGCUGCGUUCGCGGGAGAUUUCGAUCCCUCAGCGGGCCA